GUCACCAAGUCAUUUCUCCGAUCCGUAGAAUAAAAAAAAACUUUUUGUGAUCACUGAAGUAGGAGGUGAAGUUAUCCCAUAAAGCCCCAUACGGGCUAAAGAAGUGUUCCUUUACUAUCGCAUCCGACUGAUGCGCCGUACACAUACUCAUUGGAAUAAGAGUUGAAAUUCAAAAAUGUCAAAAUUAUUGCUGUGCUCGAUCUUCGUGGCGUACUUUACCCUGAGCCAGUGUGACGAAAAUGGCUACUGUACGUCAGUUGCUGAACAGUUGAUGUGCUUCAAAACUACUCAAGACCACACGAAAAAUGGCGAUGCGCUGACGACUGUACAGGGUCAGCCCAUUGGUGACAUUUCCAAUUCAAAGACGGUCGGAAAACGGGGACCUGUACUCCUGGAAGAUGCUCUUCUUCUCAAAGAGACAGCUCAAUUCAACCGAGAGCGAAUACCCGCACGUGUCGUUCAUGCUAAGGGUGCCGGUGCCCAUGGUCAAUUGUCAAUUUGCUCUAACUUUCUGGAAAAGUAUUCGAAAGCCGUGGUAUUUCGAAACGGAUCAUCCCAUCCGGUGUUUGUACGGUUUUCUCAAGCGACUAGUGAACCGGGAACACCGGACACUAUCUCUAAUCUUCGUGGAUUCGCAGUGAAAGUUAAAACCGAUGAAGGCAUUUGGGACCUGGUCGGGAAUAAUUUGCCGGUCUUUUUAGUUCGAGAUGGAAGACUCUUCACGUCGGUCAUACAUGCGUCGUUGAAGAAUCCACGAACCCAUUUACUUGACCUGAAUAUGCUCUGGGACUUCCAAUCACUUCGUAAUGAGACUACACUCCUUCUGCUUCAUAUAUACAGCGACCUUGGCACCCCCAAAUCAUACCGUCACAUGGACGGUUUUGGUGUCAACACUUUUAGACUGGUGAACGACGAAGGAGAUCAUUUUUUCGCUCGAUUCAAUUGGAAAACCGAUCAGGGAAUAAAGAACCUGACGAUGCAGGAAGCACUCAAAAAAACCGCACAAAAUUCGGAUUAUUACAUACAAGACCUGUACGAAGCCAUAGCUCAAGGCAAGUACCCAACAUGGACGCUAACGGUUCAAAUUUUAACUCCAAAGCAAGUUAAAGGCUUGCAUUACGAUCCAUUCGAUGCCACGAAGACGUGGUUCAGUGACGAAAUACCCGAGCAUAAAGUAGGAAAAUUGACACUGAACAGAAACCAGGACAACUAUUUUGCCGAAGUUGAGCAAUCCGCAUUUGAUCCGGCUAACAUGCCACCCGGUAUCGAACCAUCGCCAGACAAGUUGCUCCAUUCGAGACUAUUCUCCUAUUUGGAUAGUCAAUAUUAUAGGUUGGGCAUCAACUUUAAUCAACUGCCUGUCAACCGACCGGUAAAUAAGGUCAUUGCCAACAGCUACAGAGAUGGCUUCAUGGUCUAUGAGAACAGCGGUGGUAUGCCCAAUUACAAUCCAAACUCCUUCAUGAAAGCAUCGGCAAUACCACGAUACAAAGACAGCGACUAUCGACUGAGCAUGGGUCCGGUUUUGGUUGACAGAUACGAACAGCCGAAUGAUAACUUUUUCCAGGCUACAAAGUUGUACGAAAGUUUUGCCGAGACGGAUAAGGCUCACUUGGCCGAAAAUUUGGCGAAUGACCUUAAAAGUGUGUUCCCUUUCAUCAGGGAGCGGGCACUGCGAAAUUUUAAGGCUGUCAGCCCAGAUCUGGAACAGAGAAUUCAGAAAAUGUUGAACAAGUAACUUUAUCAUACUGAUGCAGUUGGACCAUAAGCUUCAAAUUAGAAUUGCGCCAAAAAUAAAUAAAUUCU